AUGUCUGGACUCAAGGCAGGGGACGACUUUCCCCCAGACGUUGUCUUCUCCUACAUCCCAUAUACCCCCGAAAGUGCCGCCAUCACCAGCUGUGGCAUCCCACAAAACUACAAUGCCUCGAAAGAAUGGGCAGACAAGAAGGUCGUCUUGUUCGCCGUGCCCGGCGCCUUUACUCCCGGGUGCAGCGUGAGGCACCUGCCCGGUUAUAUCGAUGCCCUCCAAGAUAUCAAAGGGAAAAAGGUGGACAUCGUGGCCGUUUUGGCAUACAACGACGCUUUUGUUAUGAGCGCCUGGGGCAAGGCAAACGGUAUCAAGGAUGAGAUUUUGUUCCUCUCCGACCCCGAAACCAAGUUCUCGAAAUCCAUCGGCUGGAAUCUGGGCGAGCGAACCGCGCGGUAUGCAAUGAUCAUCGACCACGGUAAGAUCGUUUAUGCAGAGAAGGAACCUGGACGAGACGUAACAUUUGCGAUUGGAUCCUUCUCCCCAGAUCCAUGGAGCCGGUAA